CGCAAAUGAUGUUUUGUAUUUUUUCUAAAAUGCGAUAUUCCACAGCGCGCGACCUAAAUUGAAACCCAAUUGCAAAAGCUUCACCCCUCACUGCUUCAAUUCCUUCCUCCAACUUCCUCGGCCUUCCUCGUCCUCCGCCGUCAACCUCGUCCUCCGCCGUCAACCUCCGUCUUCCUCGACCUGCUGUUCGUCUUCCUGCCGCGUCAACCUCCUCUUCGCACAGCUCAUUGUCCUCCAACUUCCUGCUCGUCGCCGCCCCCUGAUCGUCGUUCAACCCCCGGCCUCUUCACAGGUCACUGUCGCCGCUGCUUGCUAACGCCGUCGGCUGCCACGCCGCUGGCCCUCCUCUCUUCAAUUGCUCCAUCGAUUAAUUAGUAGCGUCAGGCAUGGAUGAAGAUCAACACGCAAAUUCAGGUCCUUCUAACAAAUCACCAAAUCAAGUGCCCCAAAAGCAAAAAAAGAAGCCAAGAGGCCCUACAAAAAAAGAAGCACAGUGUGCUCAACAACCGGGAUCACUAGAUUGUGGCUACUACGUCAUGCGUUUUAUGUACGACAUAAUAAUGAAUCAUGGUAAUAGUCAAGAUCUUACUAAGGAUUUUUCAAGAACAUUGCCCUAUUCACCGGAGGAGAUUAAUGAGGUGAAAGAUUUUUGGGCAGAUUACUUCAUGAACAAUGUCGAAUUUUUAGCUUAAUUUGUAAUAUGAACUUGAUCUCUAGCUAGCUACGUACCUUUGUUGUAAUAAUUUUAUGUUUGUUGUAACAUGUUGGUUGAUCGAUCUAU